GUGCCGGCUUACAAGUCACGAUCUCGAUGGGAUCCUGAGGAUGUAACAUGGCAUUGAUGGUAUAUAUCUUGAGAGUCCUAUUCACCACACUCACCGAACCACUCUACAGCACCCUUCAUCACAAACGACCCACGUAUCCUUUUCACUUCAUGACUAUGGCCAAGACUCACCGAGAAGCAUGCAAUGAAUGCCAUACGAGGAAGAUCAAGUGUCCAUUUGCUGUAGGAGCUUGCACCAACUGUGUCACCAAUGGCAGAGCUUGCGUUUUUGGCUUGAUGUCAGAGAUGGGCAGACCCAAACGGGACAGACGAAGCAGAAAAAGUGAAGCUCAGAUUGCCAUGAAGGCGGCGCCAGUCCCUGAAGCCGUCAUGGUGGCUCCGGCUUCUCCUGCCUUGUCACGACGCCACAGCGACCAGCCACUUCCACAUUUGCAACAAGCGGCUUUGACGAGAGCGUCCUUGUUUGAGCACAACCCAUCAACCUCGACGCAUAUGAGUUCAAACUCGCAAUCGAGCCGUCACCAAGCAAGGUCAACAGCCAUACAGGAGAAUCCGGACGAGUCGCAAGACUGCUGGUCCACGCAGCAGCCUGUCGAUCAUUUAUCUAAAGCCCUCAAUCUUGAUGGGCUCUCCAACUCAUUCUUCACCCCGUUGGCCGAUACAACGAGCAUGCAACUAUCUGAUUUCGAGUUCUCCCCAGGGCCGAAUGCAAACAGUCCAUGGAAGUUCCAAAAAGCUUUGAUCACUCCACCAGAUUCGAAUGUGGACGUCCAAGUCGACUUCUGGUCGACUAUCGGCCUCAACCCGGAGGACCUGGAAAUGGAACCAUUUGAAGUUACUCCAUUCCAGGACGGACAAACGAAGCUCUCAUCAGGAAUCGACUUCAACUUUGACUCGACAAUACUGCCUGUCUGCCUCUCUGAUAUGAAUUCAAUGGACAAUGUGCUCCAGUCAGACGCUUCUCAUGCAUCAGAAAACUCUUUGGUCAACAUCAUGUUUGACCUGCAGCCUACACUACGAGGCCGUCGGUUCCAAGAUGAGAUUCCCUUGCCUCAGAAUCAGGUCGCAGGCUUCCUCCUGGUCUCGCGGCUUUACGAAAGUAUCAUGGCCACACUAAAGCCAUUCUUUUCGAGCUCUCAGCCCAUCGGACAUCAAGAUUCGGACAGGACAACGCUCAUGAUGGUAAUCACCGCGAGUAAUAUGGUCCUGGAGAUGUACGAAACAUUCGGCAACUUAUACAUAUACAACCAGGUGCCUUCUGGGAGUCCGCCGCUCAUCAUUCCCACUGUCCAGUGGGCGUUAGAGUCUGGCAACAUCCAUUGUCCACCAGAUGUCUGUAUGCGAACACUCAACCUCACUGUCAUGGACACCCAGCUUGCUCGACUGUACAGUGUCUUUGAUAGAGUGGAAACGGUCGAUGGCUUCAAGAAUGUCCUUGGUGAUAAUACCACGAGGAUGAAGCAGAGUAUCAAGAUACUGAGAAACGAUCUCAGUCGAGGAGUCGAAAGCCUCAAGACUGAGUACAACUUCUAGAAUUCAAUACCAUCAAUUCAUAAUUACACUCAGCAUGACAUCGUUGAUCACGAUCCAUCAACGCUGCUAUUUGUUUACGCA